AUCUUUAAAACCCCAUUUUACAGAGGUUGAUAUUGCAGCAACACGUAUUCAUCUUAGUUUUGUGCAUUUUGCUGUCCGCUUCUCCUGACGCACCAAUUCAGCAUAUUUUCCAGCAGAGAUCACAGGCCGCGAGGAUGACAGAUCGAGUGUAUUUCUCGUUGAUUGCUGUUUUAUCGUGUCUGUUUGGAUACUUGAGCAUAACUCAUGCUAUUCAAAGACGAACCACAGUGGAUGGUUUAUGUCCAGCAAGGCUAACGGUUGUGCCGUCCCAUCAAGGAUGUUCUUCUGAUGAAGACUGCCCUGGAGGACACAAAUGCUGUCGAUUUGACUGUGGGCCUGUUUGCGUACUACCUGUUUUCAUGAAGCCGGGUCAAUGUCCCAUACCGGAGAUGAUUCCACUGUGUGCUGAAAGCUGUUUCAAUGAUGGCCAGUGUCCUGGCACACAGAAAUGUUGCCCAACCACUGGUGGCUUUGCAUGCAGUGAACCACGUGGUCAGGGAAGAGGUCAGGCAAGUUGCCAGGGAAGACGUAUUGGCCGGGGAAGUGGACUGGGAAGUGGUAUUGGUCAGGGAAGCGGUUACAGUCAGGGUAUUGGUCAGGGAAGCGGUUACGGUGAGGGUAUUGGUCAUGGGAAGCGUUAUGGCGCUGGGAACGGUCAUGGGAAGCGGUUAUGGUGCUGGAAUGGGAAGUGGUUAUGGUCAGGGAAGCGGAUACGGUGA